AACAAUGUUAAUCUCAAUAAAAGGAAACACUUUGGUAAUGAGAAAGUGGGAUUUAGUGAUACACAGGGUGUUCACAAAAGAAUAGUAAAAUUUCCAAAUCGGUGUAGACAGUGAUGAUAAAAAACAAUAGAAUGCCAGAAAGUAAGCAAGUGUCACAAAUAAAUUAUGCCUAUUUCGUAGUAAAAUAAGUUUAAUUAAGAAGAUGAAUUUCGAAAAAGAUGAACUAGUUUUUUUAAAUAAUCUUAUUUUACUACGAAAUAAGGAGUACACUUGCAGUAAAUCAUAAAUUUUUAUAACCACAGCCUACUUUUUAUAAACAAGUAAUUAAUUAAUAUCAAAUAUGUAACUAUUUUUGUGAAAAAUAUUGGAAUAACCUGGAAACUACGGGGUUUUGGCACAGGACACCCCUUAUAAAAAUUGAAGAGCACGCAAAAGACUAUCGAAUAGAGAAAUAAAAUAGUAGUAGUUUCAUUUGAAAAAAAAAUCGUUAUGGCAAAUUUGGAAAUUUUUUGUGAACACCCUGUAUCACUAACUUCAACUUUCUCAUUACCAAAGUGUUGCCUUUUGUUCAGAUUCACAUUAGUGAUCAAAUGUAUUUCUUAAUUUUAAAAUCAAGGUCGCUACGAUUUAUCCAAAUGGGGGGGGUGGCUUAUAGGGAAUUAUUCAGAAAAAAAUUAAUAAUUUGGCAACAUUGACGAAAAACCAAUAGUGAAUAGGUUUCCAUGCAGAGGUUAAUGAAUGACAUCGAUCCAGCGAAAAAUAUACAGGGUGUUCCAUUAAAAAAAAAUCAGCUGUACGAAGUUUUUAAACUUCAAGAUGUUACCACAGAAAUUCCUCCAUGAUCCUCGCUUAGACCUUCGAAUAUGGUCCUUAUAGCUGCGCUGAGCGAUCUUUAGAUCUCGCCAGUCCCUAGGAAGCUUAGUUCGCAUGGCCCUAUUAAAGUGCCAAUGGCACCCGUGCUAGCUAAGGGGAGCCCCCCUUCAAUCUCAUCAACUGUAUUCAAUGACUCCAUAAUGCACCACAACUGAGGCACAGUGACGUCCACCUCCGGAACAAUGGCGGCCAUACGUUCGUGGUGCACCCACAACUUCAUAGGUGCUCCAGAACCUCUAGGCUUCUCAGGCGCCUUGAGACACAUACUGGACUGCUUCCUCUUCCAUCCGAUCUGACAUACUUGAUUCCUGACGUCGGGUUACCCUCCUGAGCCAACGAUCCAGACACGUACAACCUUUAGGCUUUGGCGCGGGACCCGCUUAAUUCGAGGUUUUACCCUCGGACCGGCACUCCUGACUAUCGCCUUCUGUGCGCCUGUCCAAUUCUUCUUGCGAAUAGGAGCUAAUACUCUCUUUUGAGGAACCAGCCCCCUUUUGAGGGUCCCCUCUUACGAGAAGCCCCACGCGUAGUGCGGAAAUGCUGCCUAACCUAGGUAGAUUCGGGGUCUUCUUCAGUCCUCUCACCCUUAAGAUCCGUCACACCCCACUCGACUUCUUCCCCCAACUUCACAACCUUUUCGAUCAUCCUCAGACCAUUCUUUCAGUUCUUAGACUUUUUUCAUCUCGUCUUCGAUUCCUCGCACUUUACCUUGCUCAGAUUUCUCCUGGGAGCCUCAAUCAGCGUCUUCACUCCUCGCCAAACUGCUAUAAUGCUCCUUAAAUGUUGUACACUGUGGAACUAAACCUCCUCUAAAAUGAUAAAGAUAGCGAACAUGUCAACAACCAUCUUAUCUUUUUGAGGUCAUCAUCGCACAGUCAGUCGCGAAUUUAACCUUUCGAGAGAAUGUUACCGAGACUUCUAACCGUGUGUCUAAUUAUUUCCUCGGCAAAAGCAGCCAGAAUUUUGGGUUACGUACCGAGCCCUUCCUACAGCCAUCAAAGUGUGUUUCGACCGAUCUGGAGGGAACUGUCGCUACGCGGCCAUCACGUCACGACGCUUACGGCUCAUCCAAUUAACGAUCCCCGACUCGUGAACCUGACCGAGAUCGACCUUAGUAAGGCCUUACACGAUGAUAUGUCGGUGAUUGAAGUGACGAGGAUCAUGCAGUUUCCCCGCCUGGAUGCGGUAAACGGGCUGAGCGUCUUCUUCGAGGCGAUGCACAAGGCGAUCGACAGGCAACUUCGCCACCCGCCGAUAAAGAGGUUGAUAGACGACCAGGAGACGAAAUUUGACCUUGUGAUCUCCGAGUAUCUCUACAGCAGUCCACUGGCAUUCGCCACCAGGUUCGGGUGUCCAUCAAUCGGGGUGGUUUCGCUGGACGCGUGGAAUACCUUGUACAAAUCUCUUGGGAAUCCGUCGCAUCCCGCGCUGUAUUCCAACGCAUUUAUGCCAGUCGGGGAUGAAAUGUCGUUGGGGGAUCGUUUUAAGAAUUUUGUGUCGUCUGUCAUGGUCGAUCUCCACCUCGACGACGCGCAGAGUUGGGAACAGGAACUCGUGCGGAAGCACUUUGGCGAUCACUACCCCUCGGUUCGGGAGAUGGCCAAGAACAUCAGCCUCCUAUUCGUCAACACCGAUCCCAUCUUCCACCAAAUCAGGCCGCUCUUGCCGGCCGUGAUACCCAUCGGUGCCGGAAUCAACAGGUCGCCUGCGCAGUCCACAUCUUUGCCGAAGGAUCUUCGAGCGAUUCUGGACGGUGCGACCCAGGGUUUUAUUUAUUUUAGUUUCGGGUCCGUCAUGAAAACGGAAUAUCUGCCAGAGGAGGCGAUACGUACAUUUUCGGACGUAUUCGCAGAGCUCCCCCACGUUGUCCUGUGGAAGUUUGACGGCGACAGUCCACCGGCCACUCCGCCCAAUGUGAUCAUCUCCAAGUGGUUUCCUCAAAAAGACAUUUUGGGGCAUCCCAACAUCAAGCUGUUCAUAACACAGGGUGGUCUACAGUCGAUGGACGAGGCGAUCUACGCGCACGUUCCGAUGCUCGGGAUUCCGUUUCUCGCCGACCAAUUCUACAACGUCCGAAAGAUGGCGAACAUGGGCUUCGGAUUCGAGCUGGCGCAAAGCGAUCUGAACAAGCCGACCGUUAAGGCUGCAAUUUUGGAGGUCAUAGCAAAUCCGAGGUAUAAGACUGAGAUGAAGAAACUGGCCAAAUUGGCGGACGAUCAGCCGAUGACCGGUCUUGAGAAGGCCGUCUGGUGGUCGGAGUACGUCAUACGUCACAAGGGUGCACAGCAUCUUAGAGGUCCCCUGAUGAACGCACCUUGGUAUCAAUACUACUUGAUAGACGUGAUGGGUGUUUUGAUACUGACUUUACUUCUAAUCGCCCUAUUUAACUAUGUCACACUUAAAUUUGUAUUGAAAUUUGUAAAAUGGUUGCGUGCGCCUAACGAACGUAAAAGUCGUUAAGGUUUGCGUUAUUACUAUUCGCCCUCAGCAUUCUUCUUAAUUUGUAUCAGGUGUGUUUUAAAAAGUCUUUUUUAUGAGACUUUAAAAGCCCUUUGUCAAUUAUUAUUUUUUUAGUUAGUUACGCAUUGCUUUUCACUUAGGAUAUUCAUUUUCGAUAUAAGUA